GACACUUCCGGGCCCGACUCCUGAAGAGGAAGUCGAGCCUUGGUCCACGCCUCCUACCGUGUGCGUGAGUGGUGGCGUCCUUUCAGAACCUCGCUAGCUACUCUCCGAAACAUGGAUCACACGUGUGAGGAGAGGCCUGCAGAGGCUGCGAGUGACGAGGAGGACCCUGACUCCACGGAGGCCCCUGCCCGAAUCAGGGACACCCCGGAAGACAUUGUGCUGGAGGCGCCGGCCAGUGGGCUAGCGUUCCACCCCUCCCGCGACCUGCUGGCGGCAGGAGAUGUGGACGGGGACGUGUUCGUGUUCUCCUACUCUUGCCAAGAGGGAGAAACCAAGGAGCUCUGGUCCUCAGGUCACCACCUCAAGGCCUGCCGUGCAGUGGUGUUCUCUGAAGACGGGCAGAAACUUGUUACUGUCUCCAAGGACAAAGCCAUCCACUUUCUGGAUGUGGAGCAGGGUCGGCUGGAAAAACGCAUUUCCAAAGCUCAUGGGGCUCCUAUCAACAGUCUGCUGCUGGUGGAUGAGAAUGUUCUGGCCACUGGGGAUGACACAGGUGGGAUCCGGCUUUGGGACCAGCGGAAGGAGGGCCCCUUAAUGGACAUGCGGCAGCAUGAGGAGUACAUCGCCGACAUGGCUCUGGACCCAGCCAAGAAGCUGCUGCUGACAGCCAGUGGGGAUGGCUGCCUUGGUGUCUUCAACAUCAAGCGACGCAGGUUCGAGCUGCUCUCAGAGCCUCAAUCUGGGGACUUGACCUCUGUCACCCUCAUGAAAUUUGGGAAGAAGGUGGCCUGUGGCUCCAGUGAAGGUACCAUCUACCUCUUCAACUGGAAUGGCUUUGGGGCCACCAGUGACCGCUUUGCCCUGAGAGCGGAGUCCAUCGACUGCAUGGUUCCGGUCACUGAGAGUCUGCUGUGCGCUGGCUCCACCGAUGGCAUCAUCAGGGCUGUCAACAUCCUGCCAAACCGAGUGGUGGGCAGCGUGGGCCAGCAUGCCGGGGAGCCCGUGGAGAAGCUAGCCCUCUCCCACUGUGGCCGUUUCCUGGCCAGCAGCGGCCAUGACCAGCGCCUCAAGUUUUGGGACAUGGCCCAGCUUCGAGCUGUGGUGGUGGAUGACUACCGGCGGCGCAAGAAAAAGGGCGGGCCCCUGCGAGCCCUGAGCAGCAAGGCCUGGAGUACUGAUGAUUUCUUUGCAGGGCUGAGGGAAGAGGAAGAGGGUGCCAAGGCUCAGGAGGAAGGGGAGGAGACGGAGGAUGACAGUGACUGAGGGGCGAGUGGACUCUCAGGACAGGUCCUCGCUGGGCACGUCUUUGUUUCCUGGAGUGGAUCCUAAGGGAGGACUGGAACCUGUAAUACCCUGUUGUGCAGGUUCAGAUGCACAGCAGGCCCAGGACUCAGGGCACUGAUGGGACGAAGUACUUGCCCUGUGGCAGCUGUUCUCUAGGCCAGUGUAAAGACAAACCCUACGCUGGGGGCCAGAGAGCACAGACACAUGUAUAUACUAACCAGGGGUUUAAUAUAAAUACAACCAGCAUAGAAAACGUCGAAACGAUACAUAAACCAAAACCAUAGUGCCAAGUGCUAGGGACGAAGGGCAGAAUUUCUGACCCUUUGGCUCAGCCGGUCCCCCCAAAUAAAAAAACCAAAGUCAAAAAAA